GUUGUCAGGAAGUGUUGUAGGACAGAAAUAAUGCUGGACUUUUCCCGGGAAACGGGAUCCCUGGUAACGCUGCACCUGCCUUUUACCAGCCUGGAAGAACCGCGGCCACCAUUCAGGGGUCGAAAAAAACCGAGUAGAUCCGAACACCGAACGAGUCAUCUCCCUCCCCUAUACUCUUCUUUCAGUCGUCGUGCAAGCAGCCAUGUUGCCGCGAGCUUGUUCCGGUAUCAGGACAGGAUCGUGCGCAUAGCCUGCAUUCGGGCGCAGCUCCUCGCAUUUCUCUCCCCUUGUCGCUCGUGGCUCGCACCUCCGAACAAGAAAAGCCCAGUUUACCUAUAAUGGAUUAUACAACUUGAUGAUUCCUCAUUCCCUCGGCUGGUCACGGGAAUAAUAGCAGUCGGUGUACAGAUAGGACGAACUGGUAUAUCGCUACACUGCAGUGCAGCAGUGGUGAACGACCUUAUUCCUAUCACGCAACACAAGGAAGAGCGCCGGCGAUUUCCGUGGAUUUUGAGUUUUGUGGGCUGCUCUGUGGCACUUACCGCCGUUGUGGCCGCUGGGGGAGAAGCUAACAGGCUAGCUCUGCUUCGACAUAAACACUGAAUUGGCUACCUACAUGGGCUAACGGCGACCAGCCAGUUAGCUAGCGCAACAGAUUAAUUCGUGUUUCUCACCUGCCAUGUGAGCAUUUUACAUGGUGCUGCUUAUAUUUUUGGAUACCCUACUUUGGAUAUCACCCUGGCAAUAUUUUGAGUCAUUUUGUGUGAGUUGGGAGGAUCAAGACCUCGCCGGGAAUAACUUUGGCCUCAAAGUUUUAGACCUCAGACCUGGUUUGAACCUGAAAGGAAACUGCUCUACGACAAAAGAGAAAUAUAAGCGACGACACUGCGUCAUGAGAACGACGUUGGAUAAAUCUCUAUUGUAGAUUUCGGUGACAGUGGGGCUUCCUCGGAAGUUAGUGAGCAGCUUGUGCUAGCCACCCAAUUGAACCUUGUCUGGAUCAGUGCAACCGUUGCCCAACUUUUCUACAAGCUAGCCCCUGUAGCUAUCUGGCCAAAACGUCACAGCCUAGAGGUUGUUGGUCGCCAUCGACUCUGAUAAAUGGUAAUUGGAAAGUGAAUGUUUUUACACCCACAUAGAAACUAAGGAAGACAUUUGCUUUUUCCUGUUUUGUGCUUGUUGACAAACAUGGGACGUACUGUUGCUGCUAACUCGGCUAGCCGCUGAUGUGGGAUUCAACUUGUUGAUUCACGGGCUAUCUGUCGUUCUGCUAGCUGGCUAGCACUGGAAAUCAGUUUGACAAUUCCCUCAGCCAUCAGCUACCUAAGUUUUAAUGUACAAUAGACACUGAAGAGUCGUUCCUGUUUCACUGUUCCUUUACCCUUUUUGACAACUCCAAGUCUUUCAAAAAUGUCAACAAGGACCCCACUGGUACAAGUAAUAGAAAAUUCGGCUGGGCAGGACUCAAAGCCAUCUGGCCGCUCCAGCAUGCCGCGAUGUCGGAACUCGGUCGCCACAACCACAUCAGACGACCAGCCGCACAUUGGUAACUAUCGGUUGCUGAAAACCAUCGGCAAAGGCAACUUCGCCAAGGUCAAACUGGCACGACAUGUCCUUACCGGAAAAGAGGUGGCUGUAAAGAUCAUUGAUAAGACACAGCUCAACUCCUCCAGUUUGCAGAAGCUCUUCCGGGAGGUGAGAAUCAUGAAGAUGUUGAAUCACCCCAACAUAGUCAAGCUCUUUGAGGUGAUAGAGACAGAGAAGACUUUGUACCUGGUAAUGGAGUACGCUAGUGGAGGAGAGGUCUUUGAUUAUUUGGUGGCUCAUGGCAGGAUGAAAGAGAAAGAAGCCCGCGCCAAAUUCAGACAGAUUGUGUCAGCAGUGCAGUAUUGCCAUCAGAAGUGUAUAGUACACAGAGACCUCAAGGCAGAGAACCUGCUGCUGGAUGCCGACAUGAACAUUAAGAUAGCUGACUUUGGCUUCAGUAAUGAAUUCACUUUGGGGAACAAGCUGGACACGUUCUGUGGCUCCCCGCCCUAUGCAGCCCCGGAGCUCUUCCAGGGCAAGAAGUACGACGGCCCAGAGGUGGACGUCUGGAGCCUGGGGGUGAUCCUCUACACACUGGUCAGCGGCUCGCUGCCCUUCGAUGGCCAGAACCUCAAGGAACUGAGGGAGCGUGUGUUGCGUGGUAAAUACAGAAUUCCCUUCUACAUGUCCACUGACUGUGAGAACUUGCUCAAGAAAUUCCUCAUCCUGAACCCCUCCAAAAGAGGCAGCCUUGAGCAGCAGAUAAUGAGGGACCGGUGGAUGAAUGUGGGCUAUGAGGAGGACGAGCUCAAACCUUACAUCGAACCCCAGCCAGAUUACAAGGACCCCAGGAGGACAGACAUCAUGCUACAGAUGGGAUUCUCUCAAGAGGAGAUCCAGGACUCGCUGGUGAACCAGAAGUACAAUGAUGUGAUGGCUGCAUAUUUGCUACUGGACUAUAGGAACUCUGAGCUGGAUGAAGGCUGCAUCAGGCCCCGACCAGGAAGUGAUGUAAGCAACAUAAACGCUCCCUCCCCGCCUCAUAAGGUACAGCGCAGCGUGUCAUCCAACCAGAAGCCUCAGAACCGCAGGACCACCGACCAGGGCUCCUCCUACUCGAAGAGAGGGGGUCAAGCAGACAACCGGACUGCAGUGGAGGAUUCUGGGAGGAAGGGUUCAGGCAGCUCCACUACCAAGGUGCCGGCCAGCCCUCUGGUCUCCUCUGACCGCAAGAAGAGCGCCACACCCUCCACUAAUAGCAUUCUGUCCACUGGUACCGGCCGCAGUCGGAACUCUCCACUGACUGAGAGAGCAACACUUGGCCAAGGCAUCCAGAAUGGCAAGGACAGCCUAAACACUCCGGGCUCCCGCGCCUCCACCGCCUCGGCCGCUGCCGUCCUCUCCUCCUCCUCCUCCUCCUCCUCUUCCUCGCGUCCCCGCCACCACAAGUCCCUGUCCUCCUCCAAUCAUCCAUGCCCCUCUGACCUGCACGCACCACGGCCCAGCGCCCCACCUCAGCGGGCACCCGGUGCCUCCCCGUCUGCCCACAACAUCAGCAGCGCUGCCGUGUCAGACCGUACCAACUUCUCCAGAGGGGUGGGAAUUCGCAGCACGUUCCAUGCAGGCCAGCAGCGGGUGGCCCGGGACCAGCAGGGCCCCGCAUACCCUGGUGGGCCCGCUUCCCCUUCACUGUCACAUGGCAACAGCCAGGCCCGGAGGACACACGGCGCCACAGGGAUUUUCAGCAAGUUCACAUCCAAGUUUGUACGCAGAAAUCUCUCGUUCAGGUUUCCAAGAAGGAGUCCGUAUGAGGGAGAGGGUCGAGAUGAGGGGAGCAGGUCCAUGCUGAGCAGUACAGUGGACAAGUCCGAGAAGACGUCAGGUGGUGUUCUCUCCUCCUCGUCCAACAACGACGAGAACAACUCCUCGCCAGGAUCUGGUAACACUGGUGGCACUGGUACCCCUCCAGCCAUCGCCAGCCAGAAGGACUCGGCCAAGCCGCGCUCACUGCGCUUCACCUGGUCCAUGAAGACCACUUCGUCCAUGGAGCCCAUGGAGAUGAUGCGCGAGAUCCGUAAAGUGCUUGAUUCCAACAGCUGCGAGUAUGAGUUGCGUGAGCGCUACAUGCUACUGUGCGUGUCGGGAAACCCGGCACGUGACGACUUUGUUCAGUGGGAGAUGGAGGUGUGCAAGCUGCCUCGGCUCUCCCUAAACGGCGUGCGCUUCAAGCGGAUCUCGGGCACGUCCAUCGCUUUCAAGAACAUUGCCUCAAAGAUUGCCAAUGAGCUCAAACUCUGAGUGCAGAGAUGCAGCGAGGAGAGUUGAGAUUAAAGGUGGCAAUGGGAGGGUGGAGGGUGGAGGGGGAGAAAGCAAGGAUGAAAAUGGCAUUGUAGGCAGGGUGGGGGUGCUGUGGAGGUCAGAAGGUAAGCCAAAGGGUGGGAUCAUUUUAAAAAGAACAUGAUUGUUAUCUGGACAAAGCAGGGCUACCACUUCUCUGUGACCAGAAAAUGUUCCUUUUCUAGAUGUUUGGUUUGCUAAGUUCUCGAGGCCCUGCGAUUAGAAACUCUGAGCUGAUUUCCUCUGAGUUGUGAAGUACUUACAGACCGAGGUCUCCUCUCUCCCGCCUGGGUUUCUUUUGUCAUGUUCUGCUUAGACGUUCCACUCUUCUGCAUGUCCAGUCUGCUCUCUGUUUUUUAACAAGUCACACUUCGAUCACAUUGACCACUCCUGUCACAUCUUACUGCUAUUUAUUAGUUUCUCUGCACAGAUCUGCUGCCAGGUAUUUCUGGGUAAGGGGGGAACCAGGUGAAAAUGGGAGCUGCCUGGAGGACUGACAGAGCAGAGGAAUUGCUGAAACAAACAUUCUGCUUUCUCUCUGAACAUCUGAACGAUUGACAGAAAAUAUGAAACCUUAUUUUGCUGAAAAACUCAAAGGAGGUUGGCUUGAAUUGGUUCAGAUUGUGCUCCACAGCUGAACGGACUCCAACUGAGCCAGGACUUUGGCUGCUAAAGCCCACCGUCACACACAAACACACCUCCAGAUGGAUUUUGGAUGGCUGAACUCGUACUGUCAUUGGUGAAAGGACCCUGCCCACCCAAAGACCUCCCCUCUCGCCCUGAAACAAACUUCUAAAAAUCCACUUGAUCCAUUCUCACUCACACAGUCACUCAUCACUCCUCCCUCUUCCUCUAAUGUCAAACUGAACUCAACACAAACACUUCCAUCUUCUCACCUCUCCACUCCCAUUAUCUUCCUCAGUUUUGAUUUCUCUUUCACCAUCAAGCCUGAGGAGCCAGCUGAUGUCGCCAUCGAUUUUACGGCCUGUGUCUUUAAGUCUGUACUUCUUAUUUUAUUUUUUAACUUAGUUUGUUUUAUUGCUUUUACAAAGAGUUGUGCACUGGAAAAGUGGGGCAUAUUGGAACCUGGAGAGGGAAGGACAGUCUAUGGACAAGGUAGUUGAUGGAUUUUAUGUUGCCUUUGUUUGAAAAUAAAUUUAAAAUUUGUUUUAUUAUAUAUGUCAGCACAUAAAUGCUCAAAUGAGUCAUUUGUAAUAAUGUUUUUGUAAGUUGGUAUCCCCUCAGUUGGCACUGCACUUUCUUAUCCAGAAUGUCAGUGUUGUACCAACACAUUUCUCCUCCACCUCUGAUACACGUUCCCAAAGAGCAAACACACAACAAACGUGUGGUUUGAGUAUGUUUGUGCGUGCGAGUGUAUUAUAAAAGAUCACUGGGGGGGAGAGAAUCAACGACACGACAAAUGAAUUCUUCUCUGCAGUGUUGUCGGUUUGUACAGAUGUUUUUCAGAAACGGGGUGUGAAGGGUCAUGUUGGGCCAUAUCAUUGCUGCCUUUUCAGUGUACUGCACCUUUAAUACAUUUAACACCCCCCACACAGUUCUUAGUGUAUCAGAUGAAACACCCCACCCCCCUGCCCAAAUACAGGAGUCACUGAUGUAUUUAAUGAUGUUGAUGGUGGUGAGAACUACUGCUUAUUUCUGGCCAUUUUCCUUUUUUCAUGUUUUUAUUUUUUUAUUUUUUUGUUUGUUUGUUUUGUUUUUCAUUGGCCUUAGUGGUCCACAGUGGCUUGAAGCAGAGAGAGAAAGCAGGACAGACUUUUUAUGGUGUUCUCAGAUCAGAGCUCAUGUUCAACACCACAAACCAGAAGAAGUUGCUUCUUUUUCUCUUUCUCUGCAUUUGAUGUUCCAGUGUCUUGAAGCUGAAGAAAAACACACACACACACACACACACACACACACACACACACACACACGGGGU